AUGUCCGCCCCACCCCACCUUGGAGGCGACGUCCGUCGUGAGGGUCGCACACCCCCGCCCGCGCCGAGCGCGGCGUACGCGAAACGUGCGCGCGAGAUUAUCGAGGACGCGACUGGCAUGGCUCUGCCCCCACUUGGCGGCGACAGCCAACCCCGUGUCGUGUCGGGAGGCCGACCGCGCGCUGGCACGCUGCCGUCGUCAUUCCAGGAAGCCCGUCUCGACGACAUGCCCCCUCAGAUCGAAGAGCCGCGACGCACCUCGGCGCUGUCUCCGGCCUACCGCCCUGGCCUGAGGCAUGCCACCUCGUCGUCGCCGUCGCUCGAGCACGACCACCACCGCCCGCGCUCUGGCAGCACGUCCGAGGUGUCGAGCGCGUUUGCGUCUUCGCCCUUUUCCAACGCGUGGCUUGCCAACCCCGGUCAGGCGCAGCUCGCACAGCCCGCGGGCAGGUCCCCGCUCGGCCGCCAGCCCAGCGCCGAAGAGUACCCCUUCCCCGAGGGCGCCAGCAACAGCGACGACCUCAACUUUUCCACUCUGGACUAUCUCGGUCUCGCAGACGGGUCGAGCACCGCGAGCGACCUCCAGCCGGCGUCCAUUUCCGAGCUGCGUAACCAGCACCGUCGCGCCAUCGAUGCCCAUGGACCCGCAUCGCGUCUCCGUGCCAGCACCGUUUCCAACGUCAACCGCCCCUUCCGCCCCAGCGUGACUUCGCCGUACGAUGACCCGCACAUGCUUGCCAACGCCCUCGACUCGGUGUCGCUCUACGACACGCUCCUCCCCUCGCCCACCGUCGGCGGCGGCCUCUACCCGUCGCCUACGCUGCUGCACCCUUCGCAGCACUCGGCAGGCGUCCGCGAGGCCAACCGUCCUCGCGCGACCACGAUCGGCGCUCUUGACGGUCCCCUCCGUCACCCGGGCGCCCCGGGAUCCAGGUACCUCUCGAGCAUCCCCCAGUCGCCUCUGCAGGCCGAGUAUGGCGCCCAGUCGUACAUUGACGCCCAGCGGUUCGGCUACCCACCCCGGUCCCGGAGCGACCGCGACCUGACCCGCUCGCGCGAUGGGUCGCGCGACAUCCGCGCGCCGCGCCUGUCGAUUUCGUCGGGUACUUCCCGCACUGGAACCCCGGACAAUGCCGGCACCUCCACUCCCCAGGUGCCCACUCGCUCGCUGUGGAUCGGCAACCUCGACGUCAACGCGACGUCCGAGGCCCUGUUGAAGGUGUUCUCGCCCUAUGGCGCCAUUGAGAGCCUGCGUAUGCUCCCCGAGAAGACGUGUGCGUUUGUCAACUUUAUGGACAAGGCCGACGCCGUGCGCGCCCGUGACGACGUCCUCAACCGUCUCGGCGGCCAGGUGCCAGACCUGUCCGAGACGGCGCCGGUCCGCAUCGGCUUUGGAAAGAUCGACUCGGCACCCACCGGUCCCUCGACGUCGUCCGUCGCGCCUACCCCUCCCGGCCUGGUGUUUACCAACGGCACCAUCACCAUCUCACAGACCUCGCCUACGGCCGCCGCAGUCGAGAGCGUCGUCGGCGACCAGAGCUCUCUCCCGACGCGAGCCCUCUGGAUCGGCUCCAUCCCCAGCACCACCUCGAGCGCGACGCUCUUGCAGAUCUUUUCGCCAUUCGGUGCCGUCGAGUCGGCUCGUGUCUUGACGCACAAGUCGUGCGGCUUUGUCAACUUUGAGCGUCUCGACAGUGCCAUUUCCGCUCGCAACGCGCUCAACGGCAGGGACAUUUUGGGGUCCGACGUCGGCCCCAUCCGCAUCGGUUUUGCGCGUGUGCCCACAAAGUCGCCCGUGAUUGGUGGACCGGAAGUCGAGCAGGGAUCGCCCUCGAAGCUUGGCGAGGGCCUCAGCAGCGUCCGCGGUGCCACUGCCGUCACCACCGAGCAGCAGCUGUCGGUCGAGGGCGGCGGUGUGGAAAACUACCGCUCCCAGCUGGUCCUCGACCUCGUCAAGGCUGGCGUGCACGAGCAGGUGCUUGAGCGCGGCCUGGCCCAGGACGGUGCGGUCAGCGAGCACCAGAUGAUCAUGCAGGUGCUCAGCGGCGGCCGCCGCGAAGAGGACGGCGACGUGCGUGCCGCCGCCGACUCGCGCCCGCCCGUCACAUACUACACUGCCAUCCCCGUGAUUGGCGACAGGCAAAACAUGCGCCGCUUUGACGUGGCGCGUCUGCGCGAGAUUCGCAAGCGGCUCGACCAGGGCUCGGCGUCCCAAGAGGAGGUCGACACCAUCACGCGUGACUUGCUCGAGGACAGCGCCGACCUCGCGUCCGACUACAUUGGCAACACGAUAAUCCAGAAGCUGUUUGAGCGUGCCGCCCCGGCCCUCCGUCUGGCCAUGCUCGAGCGCAUCGCCCCGCACCUCGCCAUGAUUGGCAUCCACAAGAACGGCACGUGGGCCGCUCAAAAGAUCAUCGAGUGCAGCACCACCGAGGAGGAGCGCGCGCUGGUCACCAUGAACCUCCGCCCCUUUGCCCCGCCGCUCAUGUGCGACUCGCUCGGCAACUAUGUGUGUGCCGGCACCCUGCGCUUUGGCGCGCCCUACAACGACUAUGUGUACGACGCCAUGAUCGACCGCAUGUGGGACAUUGCCCAGAACCGUUUCGGAGCUCGCUGCAUGCGUACUUGCCUCGAGUCGCCCAGCACGUCGCUGUACCAGAAGAAGCGCAUCGCCACCAGCAUCAUUCUCAACUCGAUCCCGCUCGCUACCAACCCCAACGGUGCCCUGCUGCUCACCUGGCUCGUCGAGCAGUCCAACCUGCCCGGACGCUACGGUCUGCUCGCCAACCGCUUUGCCCCGCACGUCGCACACCUGUGCACGCACAAGCUUGCGUCGCUCACCGUGCUGCGCAUCAUCAACCAGACCGCCGAGGCUGGCGCCGCUCACACCCUCCUGUCGACCAUCUUCCACUCGCCCAGCGACCAGAUCCUCACCGAGAUUCUGUCCGACGCAAGCAACGGGUCCCAGGUCAUUGGCAAGAUCCUCGCCGUCCAGUCCAUCUCCAAGGAGGACAAGCCCGGGCUUCUCGACGCCGUCCGUCGCGUGCUGCCCAACAUCAAGGCCGCCAGCACCCCGCCGUACCGUCGCCUUCUCGAGGAGGUCGGCCUCCCCAUCCCGGCCACCCACAACUACCCGCGCACCCAGCCCGUGCAGUGGCAGCAGUCCUUCCAGAUGCCCUAUGGCCAGGUCAUGCUCCCGAACCCGGGCUUCCCGCAGCCGCUCGGUGGCGGCCUCUCGCCCCUCCUCAUCCCGCAGAACAUGGCCCUCGGCCACGCCCUGCGUGCCGGUUCGGUCAGCCCCAACCAGAACGGCGCGUCCCCGCACACCCCGCAGCAGCGGUCGCGCGGCCGCAUGUCCCCCGUCAGCCAGAUGAUGAGCCCCGGCUCGGACCCUUUCAACCCCUUUGCCAGCCCCAGCAUCGACCUGCCGUUUGUCCAGCAGCAAAACGUCCAGCUCCGCGUCGGCUCGUCGCCCCUCACCUUUGACGCGCAGCCCACCAUCGGCGGCCUGGGUAUCUUGAACUCGGCACAGGGAUACUACCAGCCCAACGGACAGGGCAUGUACGCCCAGUCGUUCCAGUAG